AUGAAACUUCUUUUAUUAUUAACUCUAUUCUCCGCAGUUUUCCUGAUUUCUGUGAUUUGCGCUGAAAAUUCGACGAAAACAGAAGAAAACCCCGAGAAGGGAAAACUCGCAUCAGCUUCAUCGGAAUCGUCUGAGGAAAAAUCGGCCGAAGAGUCGAAAUCGUCGUCAUCGGAGUCGAAAUCGAAAGAAUCGUCGGAAUUGAGUGAGCAAGCCAAAAAUGAAACAAUUCUCGAUAAGGGACAGACAAAGGAUGAAAAGUUGAAAAAAGUUACGAUU